CGUACAAGACCACGUAUAGAUGGGGGAAAGAAAAACUGCCAGAAGAGUUUCUCUUCUCAGAUGAAGAGAUAAAGUCGAAAGCCACAGGAAACCACGGAACUUACAAAGAUGUAUUGUUGUUUACGGAAACUCAACACAUUCAAAUAGUGACUUUGAACUCCUCUAGCUGCGCGGCAGCUUCUGAGAGCGCCUGCGCCACUUUUCGAGCCCCGCGCGGUUGCCAGGAAACCGCGACGCACGUGGUCCCAGUCUCUAGUGCUCGCUAGAGAACAUGGCCAAAUUCGUGAUUGCGGGUAAAGCAGACUGCCCAUAUUAUGCUAAAGCAGAAAUUCUGGCAGACUAUUUAGCAAAGAAUCUUCCCGACUUUCAGAUUUUUAAAAUCACACAACAUCCUGAUGUGUGGGAGGAGUGGCUGGAAGAGCUUUGUGAAAGGAAUGGGUGGGAUCACAGAACCUCCCCCAUUAUCUGGAGAGAGCUGCUGGAUCGAGGAGGCGAGGGCCUUCUUCUGGGAGGGUACAAUGAGUUCCUGGAACAUGCCCAGCUUUACUAUGGUGUCACUUCCAGCAUGACAACGGAGCUGAUGAUGCUAAUUGCUGAAGAGAACCUGGAGACACAUAUAGAAAAAGAGUUGGAAAAAGAGAGCAUGAAUGAUCUCAUCAACCCCUUGGAGGUCUGGAUUGUCAGUGCAAGUACUAAUGUGUGCAACCACCUAAUCCCCAUCUUGGUAAGUGGAGACGUAUUUGGGGUAGACACAGAGAUCAGCCUAACCUUCUUUGACUGGGAGCAGACGGAAAACUGCCUGAUAAGUGUAGUGAUGGAAACUCAGGACUUGGCAUCACCAAUUCUCCGCAGUGUCUCCUACUGCACAAAUAUUGAAGAGGCCUUCUUUCAGGCCCAAGUCAUCAUCUUCCUGGAUGAGAGCACAGAUGAGGAAGUGUUCAGCCUGGAAGGGUUCCUUCGAAGCAGGGUACCGCUGUGCCGCCUCUACGGUUACAUGAUGGAGAAAAAUGCUGACAAAUCUGUCAAGGUCAUUGUCGGAGGGAAAACGUUUGUGAAUCUUAAAACAGCUUUGCUCAUGCAAUAUGCCCCUAACAUCGCAAGCAACAUCAUUGCAGUGGCACUGGGUGUGGAAGGGCAAGCGAAAGCAAUACUGGCCAGGAAGAUGAAGACAAGCCCGUCCAGCAUCAAAGAUGUGAUAAUUUGGGGUAAUAUCACUGGAAAUAACUAUGUUGAUCUGAGGAAGGCCAAAGUUUACAACUAUGAGAGUGCUAUUUGGGGGCCUCCUGGGUAUUAUCACUCUGUGUUGAACUUGAUUUUUGACAGUGAGUGGGUAACAAAAGAAUUUGGGGUGACGCUUGAAACCUUGAGCACAACUGGCAGAGAGUUUGGGUGCAUUUUGGCGGCACACAGCAUAACCACUACUAUGAAGUACUGGAACUAUGGCUCACCACCCGGAGAGAUUGUUUCCUUGGGGGUAAUGAGUGAAGGCCAGUUUGGUAUUCCUGAAGGGAUUGUCUUUUCUAUGCCCGUGAAAUUUGAGAAUGGAACUUGGGAGGUUCUUACAAAUCUCGAGGACAUUUCACUGAGUGAGAAGACAAUAAAGAGGCUCGCAGACGAUCUGAUUCAGGAGAAACUUAUUGCAAUGGGAGACUUAUUAACCUUCCUGCCAGUUGUAGAAGAAUCUAAAACUAGUAUACUGGAUGCAGAAAAGGCACAAUCCAGUAUGGCCCUGUAUGGAGAAAAGGAACAAGAUGGAUGGGAAGAGGAGUCAUAUACGAAUUACCAGCUCCCUUCAGGAAAGACCACAAGUGAUUCUGAAGGAAAACGUUGAGUACCAAUAAUUGAGCUCCAACCAGAUCGAAUAUAAAGAAGAUAAAGACCUGCGAGGACCUGCAUUGAGAAAAGAGCAAUUAAAUAGCAACAGUCCCAAAGUCCCAGAGAAGUUGCGGUGCUGCCAGCAUCUAAUCCCACUUUUGUUGAUUAUUGCAUGUUUUCAAAAAUAAACUAAUGUAAACCAUG